AAAAUGUUUGCACCAAAAAAGAAUAAUCUUGAUGAAGAUAAUGAACCUUUAUUAAUUGAAGAAGCCUAUAGUGGGGAAGCUUCUUCUAAUAUAAUUAAAAGACCCCUCCGACAACAUAUUCACAAUGCUAGAGCACUUUUUGCUGAAAUUUUUAUGCCUCAAGGAUAUCCACAAACUGUUAGUUCUGAUUAUUUGGAAUAUCAGAAAUGGGAUACUUUACAGGCCUUUGCAAGUUCUCAAAACGGCGCUUUAGCCACUUUAGCAGUUUUAAAAGGUGCUGGAGUCGGAAAUGAACAAGCAACAGUUUUGGCUGCAGCUUUAACUUGGUUAUUGAAAGAUGGAGUUGGAAUGAUUGCAAGAAUUGUUUUUGCUUGGGCACGUGGUUCUAAAUUAGAUUCUGAUAAUAAACAAUGGAGAUUAAUUGCUGAUUUUUUAAAUGAUUUUUCUUUUAUGGUUGAAUUAUUUGCUGUUUAUUUACCGAGACUGUUUUUUGCUCCAUUAGCUUGUUUUGCUGCUUUUGUUAGAGCAAUUGUUGAUGUUUCUGGUCGAACAACUAGAAUGGCUGUUAUAAGACAUCAAGCUCGUAGAGAUAAUUUAGCAGAUGUUGCAGCAAAAGAUGGAAGUCAAGAAACUUUAGUUAAUGUUUUUUCUUUGUUAUGUUCUUUAAUGUUAUUGCCAACAGUUGAAGGAAAUGCAUUACUUAUUUGGCUUUUUUAUUUUUCUUUUACUUAUGUACAUUUAUAUUCGAAUUAUAGAGCAGCAAAAUCAUUAGAAUUUGAUACUUUAAAUCAAGCAAGAUUUCAUAUUUCUGUUAGACAUUAUUUAAAUAACGGCAAAGCACCUUCAGUUCAAUAUUGUAAUGCAAAAGAACCAAUUUUAGUUCCAUUAAUUAAAAGUUAUUGUCAUUUAAAUCUUGGAUGUCCAUUAUCUUCUUUACCAAAAAAUAUCAGUGUUUUGGAAUUUUUAAGUAAAGAAAUUGAAGAAAAAGAAAAUAUUUGUUGGAAAUGGACGGGGAAAUUACUUUGUGUUGUUGACAAAAUUGAAAAAAUUGGUUGGAUGGUUGCCGUUGAUGGGGCUACACAAGAGGAUAUGUUUAAUUCUCUUUUUUCUUUAGAAUAUUUUGGAUUAACAAAAAGUUGGCCAACUGAAGAAGAAAUUUGCCAAUUUAGAGAGUCAAUGACUGCCCAAGGGUGGUCUUUACAAACAAAUCAAUUAAAUAUUGAUGAAUGGCGUUUUAGUAAAUCAAAUGUUGCAAAUGGAGUUGUUAAGAAGGAAAAUUGA